UCCAAACCAUGACAAUUUAAGUACACAAAUGUAGAAAAAUCAAAAAUUUUCAGACGAAGGACUUCUUUGUAUAGGCUGAAAAUGACUGAUUAUCGUCGCAACAUUGACCAAUCUCUUUGAAACCAUAGCUGUGACGUUGAUAUGUCCAUAUUUUUUCAGUUUUCUGGGUUAGCUAGCCCACAUCGAGUUCAGGAAGAAGAUCAAACGGGAACUCUCCUUGCAACUCCUCUUCUAAUUCCCAACCCCAAGGCCAAGGGCAAGGCCAAGUUUUCUGAAACUGAAAAUCCAAUCAACAAUAGCACUUGGUUAACAAUCAUCAAACUUUUCUUCAACCCAAGAGUUGGGAACACUGUAUUAAACCUUUUACAUCUGGGGACCAAGUUCUCUCUUUUCACUCUGUCAUUUACUUUGACGCCAAAUAACCCAUUGCUGGGCACAACACUUUUGUUUGUGGUUCUUUAUUAUCUGUGAACGUCGUGAGAGAAUAGUAGAAAUAAUCAUGUGGAAAAUGGCAUUCAAAGUAUGCCGUGGUGCUGUAUCUGACCACAUAAACUAUGCUGUAAGUUUAACUAUUCCUGCUGAUUGUGCUACUCCAAUCUUUAGAUCAGUUGGUUGGAAGUUAACAGGAACAGGACAGACAGUGAGCAAAAGAUUGUUUUCACAAUGGCAGCCUGGGAGUGUGAUGAAAAAUUGCCAGAGGUUUAAGCCGCCCCGGUCUUUAAGCUGUAAAAAUGUUGCAGCAAGAUCAUACAGUGUCCUUUCUACAACUUUGAGAAGGACCGCUCAUGUGAAUGGUGGAAUAUUACGUGCCCCGUUUAAGCAGUGUAUUGCUUUACCAGGAACAGUUGCUCAACAUUUUCGGACUUCAUCUCGCCGCCCUAUACAUCCUUUAUUCUGGAUCAUAUUGAGACCUCUUGCUAAAGUAGGAGCUGUUCUGACUGGAAGAGGAUUUCGUAAAUGGUGGCAGGGCCUACCGAAAGAUCGUCGUACCUACCUCUGGGAAGCUUUCAAGGCAGCUCGGCCAAAGAUCUAUGCAACUCUUGCCGUCAUCACUCUAGGAUUUACAGUGAACUAUGUGGUGCAUGUCAAGGAGGCUCCAAUUACGGGGAGGAAAAGAUUCAUUGCAGUAACAGAUGACCAGUAUCUGAAGAUAGCUCAGUUUGAGGCUGAUUUGCAAAUAGAACUGCUCAAGUCACACUUCCUUGCUGCUGAUCACCCUGCUUCCCAAGCCGUCCUGGAAGUGGCCACCAGACUCUACCACACCAACCAGGAUAUACCACAGGUCAAGAACCUUACAUUUUCAGUUGCUGUAGUCGAUGAAGAUGACACAGUCAAUGCGUUUGUCUUACCAACUGGCCACAUCUUUGUCUUCACUGGUUUACUCAAGGCUAUGCAUAACGAAGACCAGCUGGCUGUCAUCCUCGGUCAUGAGAUGGCACAUGCUAUCUUGUCUCAUGGAGCUGAACAGCUCAGCUUUGCCCACCUGAUUGAUUUCUUUGUGAUUGCAACCAUGGCAGCAAUCUGGGCUCUCCUUCCCAACGAUGGCUGGGCGAUAGUCACACAGUGGUUCUACAAUAAGGUUGUGGCAAUUCUGUUGGACAUGCCCUACAGCAGGAAACUAGAAGUGGAGGCAGAUGAGGUUGGAUUACAACUAGCUGCAAAGGCAUGUUUCGAUGUGCGAGAAGCCCCUGCAUUCUGGACGUACAUGACAUUCAAGAACGAGGAGCUCCCUGAUUGGCUAUCAACACAUCCAAACCACUCCAAGAGAGCUGAAGCUCUAGAUGAGAUUGUCCCGGAGGCCAUCCGACUGCGUGCCAGUUGUGACUGUGGUCAGCUACCAAAGGAGGACCCAAGGAACCGUGUGGAGAAGAUGAAACAAGAACUAAAGGAGCAGAUGGAACAUCCUGACUUAGAGAAACCCACACCGGUGCUGCCCCUUGACUCACCCAAAGGCUGACACAGGCCUCACUUAGUAAAAUUCAUGGAUUUACCUGGACUUACAGAAUUGUGUGUGUAAUUUUGCAAGUUGAGGUUUUGGGAGAUUUCUGUUCUUUGUUUGCCUCAUGGUAUGAUUGCCAUGACGAUUUUACAAUGCGGUGUGGUGGUGCUUUCUUUUGUCUUAUUGUGCUCAGUUGUUUGAGUCUGUCAAAAGUACAAAAGUUUGAUAUAUUUUUAUGAUUGUGAGGAAGCUUGGAUACUUGGGGAAAUGGGUAAAUCUCUAUGCAACUAAAAUGAAAUAAAGAUGGAAAGUUAGCUUAGGAUAAGAGGAAUGCAGGCUGUUAUAAAUAGAAUCUGAAAACGAUAUAAGGAGAGUUCAUUGUAUUCACUUGAUCGUGUGAAAAGCUGUACAUGUAUUUGAGCCAAUCAGAAAAGGAUGCACUUUUCAGUGUUUGGUUUUGGUGUUUCUGUAUUGUCUUUUUGUACCAAUGACUGUGUCGUAGUAGAUUCUCAUGAAACCAGAAAUCAGGGGUACAUUUUGUGAAAUAAAGGAUGCCAUAUUGAUUA